UUUUUUUUUCGCAUUCUUUUUUUUUUUUUUUACACACUAAAACCUUUUCUUUCCAACAACAAGAAAGAAACCACCCACCUUACCAGACUUUUUCUUUUCUUUUCUUUCUGAACAAACGAAACAAUUUUUUUUUCUGUAAAAUAUAUAUAAUGUCAACCAAUCAAAUGAGUCACGAAAACGAUAACUGGAAGAGAACACUUUCACUUCCACCCAAAGACGCUAGACCACAAACAGAGGAUGUCACUGCAACAAAAGGAAACGAGUUUGAAGAUUACUUUUUAAAACGAGAAUUAUUGAUGGGUAUAUUCGAAGCAGGGUUUGAAAGACCUUCUCCUAUUCAAGAAGAAGCAAUUCCUAUUGCCUUAACAGGUCGCGAUAUUCUUGCCAGAGCAAAAAACGGUACGGGAAAAACUGCCGCGUUUGUGAUUCCAACACUUGAAAAGAUCAAUAGCAAAAAGGCCAAAAUACAGGCUCUAUUACUUGUGCCUACGCGUGAAUUAGCACUCCAAACUGCACAGGUAUGUAAGAAUUUAGGUAAACAUCUUGGUCUUCAAAUUAUGGUGACUACCGGUGGAACUACCCUCAAGGACGAUAUUAUGCGCCUAAGUGAGCCUGUGCAUUUGAUUGUUGGCACACCAGGUCGUAUAUUGGAUUUGGCAUCAAAAGGAAUAGCGGAUUUUAGAGAGGCCUCGACAUUUGUGAUGGAUGAGGCCGAUAAACUUUUAUCACCAGAAUUCACACCCAUUGUAGAGCAAUUGAUCAGCUUCUUUCCUAAAGAUAGACAAAUUAUGCUAUUCAGUGCUACUUUUCCUUUGAUUGUCAAGAACUUUAAAGACAAGUUCUUAGUAAAGCCUUAUGAAAUUAACUUGAUGGAUGAACUUACACUUCGUGGUGUCACUCAGUAUUAUGCUUAUGUAGAAGAGAAGCAGAAAGUGCAUUGUUUAAAUACUCUUUUUUCCAAGCUCCAAAUUAACCAGUCCAUCAUCUUUUGUAAUUCUACCAAUCGUGUAGAAUUAUUGGCUAAAAAGAUUACAGAAUUAGGCUAUUCAUGCUUUUACUCACAUGCAAAAAUGUUACAAAGCCAUCGUAACCGAGUCUUUCAUGAUUUCCGGAAUGGAGUUUGUCGUAACUUGGUGUGCUCUGAUUUACUGACGCGUGGUAUUGAUAUACAGGCGGUGAAUGUAGUUAUCAACUUUGAUUUUCCCAAGAACGCUGAGACGUAUCUACAUCGUAUCGGACGAUCAGGAAGAUUUGGUCAUUUAGGACUUGCAAUUAAUUUAAUUACAUACGAGGACAGAUUUAACUUAUACAAGAUCGAGCGUGAAUUGGGUACAGAGAUUCAACCUAUUCCACCCGUGAUUGAUAAACGCUUGUAUGUGGCUCCUAAUGCCUUGGAUGAUGCUCAAGUACAACAACCCGAUCGUCAACUUGCUUUGGCCACUCGUCAACAGCAACAGCAACAAAGUCACGACGAGCAACAGCAGUCUCAGUAUUACAGAUCAAACCGUACUGCUACCAGGCAAAAUGAUUGAAGAUCUACACCUCUGUCCACUAAUGCAAGAAACACGAUAAAACACGUCGCGUUGAUCUGCUGACAGUUUUUUUUUUUUUUAUUUUUUAUUUUUUUUUUUUUUUUAUAAGAAAGUAAUUUGUAUCAACA